UGAUAAUUUUCUAUCUUCUUCCUAUUGGAAAUUUUAAUGGAGGUUCAUCGGUUCUUCCCCUUCUUUUGUGCCUUAAUUUAUCUUUCAGAAAUCUUUCAUUUUUCCAUUGCUUUAGAUACCUUGCUUGAAACACAAUCUAUGAGUGAUGGUGAGACUUUAGUCUCCUCAGGCCAAAGUUUUGAGCUAGGCUUCUUUUCUCCUGUCAAUUCCAAGAACAGGUACUUGGGGAUAUGGUACAGGCAAACUCCAGAUACGGUUACUUGGGUUGCAAACAGAAACAACCCGAUAACUGGUUCACAUGGUUUUCUAACUGUUACCAAAACUGGACUAGUUCUUUCCAACCAAGCAAAUAGUGUUAUUUGGUCUUCAAAUACAACCAAAGUGGCAGAAAGUCCUAUCGCACAGCUCUUAGAUUCUGGAAACUUUGUUGUUAAAGACAAUGCCAUGGUGAGCUCUGAUUCUUCUGAAAGUUCCCUAUGGCAAAGCUUUGACUAUCCAUCCAAUACCUGGUUACCUGGCAUGAAGAUCAACGAUGACUUCAACAAAGGUUUGACGUCAUGGAAAAGCCUGGAUGAUCCGUCUCUAGGGGACUAUACUUGUAGAAUUGAAAAUCCUGAGUUACCUCAAGUGGUUGUAGGUAUGGGAUCAAUCAGAAUGUUCCGAACUGGGUUCUGGAAUGGACUUUCGUUCAGUGGUCUUCUUUCAGUCUCUGAUCCAUACUUUACUCUCAAGUUAGUAUUCAACAAGGACGAAUUGGAGUAUAUGUAUCAACCUGAGACCCACUUAGUCAAUACGAGGGUAAGCCUUAAUAAUUCUGGUCUACUUCACUACUAUGUGUUGAAUAAUGCAACCACAGAAUGGGCCAUGGUCUACACACAACCAAAUGAUGUUUGUGAUAGCUAUGGGAAGUGUGGAGCCAAUAGCAUUUGCGGAGGUCAGAAAGAUCAACUUUGUGAGUGUUUGAUGGGGUUUACACCUACAGCACCAGCAGAAUGGGAACUGCUUAAUUGGUCUAGUGGAUGCAGAAGGCGAAAGCCACUGAUCUGCCAGAAUGGAGAUGGAUUUUUAAAACUUUCACGGGUGAAAUUGCCUGACUUGUUGGAGUUUCGGUUGAAUAAGACUAUGAGCACAAAAGGCUGCAAAAAAGAGUGCUUGAAGAACUGUUCUUGCACGGCUUAUGCUAAUUCAAACAUUACUGGCAAAGGACAUGGAUGCUUGAUGUGGUUCGGGAACCUAGUUGACAUUAAAGGUUUCAAUGAAGAGAAUAGAGGCCAAGAUAUCUAUAUACGGCUGCCCGCUUCUGAACUUGAACGGUUCAGUCAUUCAAAUACGAGAAAGAGAUUGUCAGUGAUCAUAGUAGUAUCUGUCAUUGCUGGAAUCUUGAUUGUAUGCUUGAUACUCUGGUGCAUUACAUUGAAGAAGAGAAAAAAUAAAAGAGGCAUGGAAUGCAAGAUGGAAGACAUAGAGGUACCUUUUUAUGACCUGGAAACUCUCAGUGCAGCUACUGAUGGCUUCUCUCCAGAAAAAUUAGUUGGAGCAGGUGGCUUUGGCUCUGUUUAUAAGGGAAUUCUAUGUACUGGACAAGAUAUUGCAGUGAAAAGGUUGUCAAAGAAUUCAAAACAAGGUCUAGAAGAAUUCAAGAAUGAAGUUUUUCUGAUUGCCAAACUUCAACACAGGAAUCUUGUCAGGCUUUUGGGCUACUGCAUCGAAGGGGAAGAAAGGAUUCUGGUUUAUGAGUUUAUGGCGAACAGUAGCUUAGAUUAUUUUAUUUUUGAUCAAAAGAGAAGUGCAUUAUUGCUAUGGAAAAAGCGCUUUGGCAUCAUCAUGGGAAUUGCACGGGGACUUCUCUACCUUCAUCAGGACUCUAGACUUCAAAUAAUUCACAGAGAUUUGAAGACUAGCAAUGUUUUGCUAGACCAAAACUUAAAGGCUGUUCUUUCGGAUUUUGGCUUAGCAAGAACAUUCGGAGGGGAUGAAGUUCAAGUAAGAACAAACAGAGUUGCUGGGACAUAUGGCUAUAUGUCUCCGGAGUAUGCAGUUGAUGGAGAAUUUUCAGUCAAAUCUGAUGUUUUUGCCUUUGGGGUGCUUAUCUUAGAGAUAUUGAGUGGCAAGAAGAAUAGGGGUUUUACUCAUCCAGAUCACCACCAUAACCUUCUAGGACAUGCAUGGUUGCUAUGGAAGAAAGACAGGGGCUUAGAGCUAAUAGAUUCCUGUCUGGAGAAUUCAUGUGUUCCAUCACAGGUGCUAAGAUGUAUUCAGUUGGGUCUACUAUGUGUUCAAAAGUUCCCAGAGGAUAGGCCUGAAAUGUCAUGUGUUGUAUCCAUGCUGGUAAAUGAGAAAGACAAAUUGCCUGACCCUAAACAACCUGGUUUCUUCAUAGAAAGAAGAUCCAAUUAUGGGGAUGCAAAAUCAAACAGAGAAGAAUCUGUUUCAAAUAAUGAAGUAACCUUAACUGUGCAGGGAGGAAGAAGAGAGGUGCCUGCUAGCAGAAAUAUGGCAACCAGGAGAGUACUUCCAUCUUUUUGCUUGUUUGUUUUGUCUUGCUAUUUCUUGAAGCUUUUCAAUGGAACAGUUGCAGCCACUGAUACCCUUUUUCAAGGGCAAGUGAUGAGAGAUUCGGAGAGUGUUAGAUCUGCUGGCAAUACCUUUGAAUUAGGAUUCGUUUCCCCAGGCAGCUCAACAAAACGUUAUGUGGGAAUUUGGAUGAUCAAUGUUCCAUCAAAGGAUAUAGUCUGGGUUGCCAAUCGAGAUCAUCCUUUCAGUGGUUCUUCUCAGCCGGUUCUUACCAUCAAUGAUGAUGGAUACCUUGUGAUUGUGGAUAGCAGAAUAACCUAUAGAGUAAGUGAUGAUCCAUCAAGCCAGAACGUGAGUGCUACACUGUUGGAUUCCGGGAAUUUGGUUUUAAGAAAUGAGAACUUUGAUGUACUAUGGCAGAGCUUUGACUACCCUACAGAUACAUUUUUACCUGGAAUGAAGCUAGGCUACAGCAGAAAGACUGGGAAAGUGUGGUCUCUAACAUCGUGGGUAGAUGAAGAAGACCCAAAUAUUGGGGAUUUUGAGGUAAGAAUGGAUCGUUCAAAAUCACAUGAAGUCUUCCUCAUGAGGGGUUCUGAAACAGUGUGGAGCACUGGGGCUUGGGAAGGUGUACGUUUUACUUCGAUGCCUGAAAUGAGAUUGAACUACAUCUUCAAUUACAGCAUAUAUAGCGAUGAAAAUGAAACAUAUUUUUCUUAUGCUUUGUAUAAUCCUUCUAUAAUAACUAGAUUCAUCGUUAGUGUGUCUGGACAGCUCAGAGAAUUUUCAUGGCUAAACACUUCCCAAGAGUGGGUGUUGUUUUGGGCUCAGCCAAGGGCAUUGUGUGAUGUUUUUAAUUCUUGUGGUCCAUUCAGCAGCUGCAGUAAGCAUAGCGGUGAGAGCUGCCAGUGCUUAAGAGGUUUUUAUUCCUCAGAGAGGAGGAUAGGGCAAGGCCAGAAUGGUGGGUGUACGAGGCGAAUGGCCCUAAAUUGUGGGAUAGGAGACAAAGACAGGUUCUUCAGGAUGGAUGGUGUAAGAUAUCCUCUAAGUUCAACUGAGCAAAGCAAGUCAUCAUAUUCUUCCCCAUCAGGCCCUGAAGUUUCGAGCACAGAUGCAAAAGCAUGCGAAGUAGCUUGCUUGAACAACUGCAGUUGCACUGCAUAUGCCUAUAACAAAAGCGGCCAUUGCUUAAGAUGGUUUGGGGACAUUCUAAAUCUUCAACAACUUUCAGAAGAGGAUCCUAAUGGAAAAACAAUUUUUAUCAAACUUUCAGCUUCUGAAUUUGACAGCAGUGGAGGAGCCAAGAAGUUUUGGUGGAUUAUUGUAAUCGCUGUUGCUCUAGUGGUGCUUCUUUCUGCUUGCUACAUUGUUUUUCAGUGGAGGAAAAGUCUUAAAAACAAAGGGGAGGCAGAUACAAGCCAGGAUAUACUACUCUUUGAUAUGGAGAUGAGCACAACUAGCAGCAGUGAGUUUUCUGGCUCUGAUAAAGUGGGAAAAGGGAAGAGGAAGGAUGCUGCAUUGCCAUUGUUUAGCUUUGUUAGUAUAUCUGCAGCUACAGAAAACUUCUCCUUAGAGAAUAAGCUAGGAGAGGGGGGAUUUGGACCUGUUUACAAGGGAAAGCUAUUAAAUGGACAAGAAAUAGCAGUGAAAAGGCUUUCAAAAAGGUCAGGACAAGGGCUAGAAGAGUUGAAAAACGAGACAAUGCUUAUAGCAAAGCUCCAGCAUAGGAACCUUGUUAGACUAUUGGGUUGCUGCCUAGAACAAGGCGAAAAGAUAUUGAUCUAUGAGUUCAUGCCUAACAAAAGUUUGGAUGCAUUUCUUUUUGACCCAAACAAUCGACGGUUACUGGACUGGAGAACACGCAUUCGCAUAAUUGAAGGGAUAGCUCAAGGGAUUCUGUAUCUUCACCAAUAUUCCAGAUUACGAAUUAUACAUAGGGAUCUGAAGGCAAGCAAUAUCCUGUUAGACAGUGACAUGAACCCCAAAAUAUCUGAUUUUGGCUUGGCAAGAAUGUUUGGUGGUGAUGAGCUGCAAGCAAAUACUAAUCGAAUUGUAGGAACUUAUGGUUACAUGUCGCCUGAAUAUGCCCUGGAAGGUCUUUUCUCCAUUAAAUCUGAUGUGUUCAGCUUCGGAGUGUUGCUCCUGGAGAUAGUGAGUGGCAAGAAGAAUACUGGGCUUUACCAUAGCAACUCUCUUAACCUUCUUGGACAUGCAUGGGAACUGUGGAAAGGAGGUAGAGCUCUUGAGUUGAUGGAUCCUACGUUGGAAGAGCAAGUGCCAUAUCCUGUGCUGCUCAGAUACAUUCAUGUGGCUCUUCUCUGUGUUCAAGAAAUUGCAGCUGAUAGACCGACCAUGUCCGAAGUAGUCUCGAUGCUUACUAAUGAGCUUACAGUUCUAAAUUCUCCUAAUGAGCCUGCUUUCUCAAGUGCAAGAAGUGCCAUAAACAAUCCAAAUCAGCAUGCAAGCAGGCCUGAACUAUGUUCAGUCAAUAACGUGACAGUUUCUUUGAUGGAACCUCGAUAGCUACUUUCAAUUACAGCUAAAAUGCUCUGUUC